AUGCUGUCAUGCUUUGGUAUCGGCAAGAAUCGCGAGGAUGCAGAGCGCGAACCUCUGCUGCCGCGCUACAAUGACGACACUGGCCUGCAGACGCGACUGCAUGAGAAGCUCCAUACAUAUCAAAUGCUGCGCGCCAUUUCCAAGGGAUAUAUGCCAAGCAACGAGCAGCUCAUCAUUCACUUGAGAACCCUCCUAUCUGCUCAAAUCUUGAACCCAGAGCGGCAGGAACUCAGUCCUUCAGGACGAGCUCUGAUCAGGAGCAUCAAGCUAUGGAUCACACAGUUCAUCGAAGUAUUGCAGCACAAAAAUGGCAAGGAUCAGAUUCAAGACUUCAUUUGGUACCUUACCAAAGCACGUCUCGAUGUCGAUGUUACCCAUAUUGAGCAGAGGGCUGCCAGAGCAAAGGUUCGAGCUGAUGCUGUUGCGACUUACAAGAGUCUACAAACUGUUGGAUCCCUCCUCUUGACCAACUCCGACUUUCGCAUCUUCCUAUCCGAUCUUAGUACAGUAGGAAAAGAAAUUCUUCGGGACACAGCUUUCACCUUGUCCGAUGUCUCUAAACAGGCUGGCGAGGCCAUUGAGCCUUCCAAGGAAGAGCACGAAGCUCUUAAGCAUACAAACGGAAACGAAAAAUCCCCCGCUCCUCCUUCAGACGAAGACCUAAAGAACGAAGUUGUUGAUGUUGGGGAAACUGUCAAAGAUGGUGCACUAGAGGUCGCCGAUGGGGCGAUACAGAGCAUCAAAGAACACGCCAAAGGCGACGAAGGAGAUGCCCUCGUUAAGCGUCUCAAGCAGACUGUCCUCAAUCUUCGGAAACGAACCGACUAUAAGGAGUCGGUUUCGACUAUUGGGCUUCUCCUCCAACGUUAUCUCCUCGCCUACUCACAUGCAGCCGCCGCAACGGUGGAGGCAAUUGAGGAAGACACCCAGCCCAACCGGGAAGCUGACAAGGCUAUGCACAAUUUCUGGCUGUUCAUCACUUCACUUGGUAAGCGCGAACACUGGGACAAUGUCAAGAAGUCCUUUGAAGCUGUUGUCGACGAUGGGAAAACCGACCCCAACUUUGACGAGCUUGUGCGACAACUCGGUAAUCUAGUGCAGGAUAUGUUCAGCGACCCUGACUUCUUCGAUAACAUCGAGGAGCGAUUCCAGAGUCUGCGCAAGAAGUCCAACGAAUUGACAGCCAAGUCUUCGAUCCGAGAUGAUCUUGAUGAGUUGUUGUCUAGUCUGUAUGCUGCUUUCCGAUCAAUUCUGGAUGAUCAGGAUAUCAAGAAGCUCAUUCACACCACUGAGAGAGUUGCUCUGCUUUUGUCCCCAGCCGGAGAGUAUGCCAACAGCGACCUGGUCACCGACACCAUCAAUAUCUUUGUUCCUCUUCUCAUCCAGGCUAUUCAGUACAUUCCUAUUCCACGUGUCGAAGUGUCGGCACCCGCUAUCGACCUUCUGAUCGAGAACCUUAUUCUGGAGCCAGGCCGCACUAUCAAUGCAAGCUCCUUCUUGCCUUUCCAGCUUAACGUCUCAACCUACAACGAAGUCCAAGUGAAGAAGGCACUUCAUGGAACCCAAUCUAGCAUGACCUCAAUGAUGAAGGUGACCGUGUCUGGUCUCUCCAUUGCGGCCGAAGAUCUGGGCUUUUGGUUCCGUCUACAUUCAGGCCUUCUUCGAAUGGUCGACGAAGGCAUCGCAGGAUUUCAUCUUGAUAAACGUGGUGUAGAUAUCACCCUCGACAUCGAAAUCGGCAAGGAUCGCAUGGAACAAAUCGUUUCGCUGCGCAACGUCAACGUUCACAUUCAUCACCUCAACUACACUCUCAGCAAAUCCAAAUUUGCCUGCUUGGCUUGGCUCCUGAAGCCACUUAUUCGACCUAUUGUGCGCAAGGCCCUUGAAAUCAAGAUUGCUGCAGCAAUUGCAGAGGGUCUUCAUUUCUUGAACCGCGAAAUGCUGUAUGCACGAGAACGCCUUCGGGCCACACGCAUUGCGGACCCCAAGGACCUAUGGACGUUUAUUCGAGCUGUCGCUGCACGCCUCGUUCCAGCGCCCGAUCCAGACAUUGAGGCCCGGGUUGGAGUCAAGGCAGGAAAAGGCGUCUUCCAGGGACGUUAUGCACCAGGCAGUCUGGUCAAGCUGUGGGAGACGGAAGGUCGGGAUGCGGAACAGAAACUCUUUGAGUAUGAUCAGGGUGGAUGGAAGAACGAUAUCUUUGAUGUUAGCACAGUUCGGGUUUGA